GGGCCUUUCACAUGCGAAGCGAACGCUCUACCACUGAGCUACACCCCCGGUUGGAAUUUUCUGAAUGGACAGUCUUACAAAUUCCUUUCACAUAUUACUUUCCUUUGUACAGGACGGCCGGAACGGCAACGCAGUUUAGCGAUUUAGGCCGUUAAACCGGUUAAACAGAGGCAGCUUGGUCAUAGGUUUAGGCAAUCAACAGUCAACCGUAUCAGCUUUCAGCCAGCCGUACAGCCGCACGUUGUGCCUCACGACCGCCAGUACGCUGACAGCCUGACAGCUUAGCGAUGAGUUUACAAUAUGUAAACGACAAGAACUCAUUCUGUGCCGAACUUGAGUCGUUAAUAAGGACAGCAGCAGCCUCCGACGUUCCGUGUGAAGAAGUGGAUCAGUGCCUGCGAGAAGUGUUCCACCUCAAGAGUGUUGAAACCGGGACCAACCGUCGAAAUUUCGUAUCGGCCGUCUGCGCUCGGAUUGCAAACUUCCUAGUGUGGUGUUCAGUUUUAUACAUUUUGCUACGCGCACUCUACCGCUAUGGACCCAUCGAAAGUUUCGUCGAUCGUUUGUACGACGAGUACACGUACACAGCAAUGCGCGCUGCGCGCUUCCUUGCACUGCCGAUCCUUAGUCGCUUUCCAGCCAUCUCACAGUACCACAACAUGAAAUGCUUGGUACCAAACCCGCUGUACAGUCCAAUGGAUGCUUCAGACUGUUGGCCAUGCGAGAAGCUGAAAGCCCUGGUGGACCUCACUGGACACGCCGACGUCGCUACGGAGUAUGUGUGGAGCCUUACGCCUUUUGUCAUGCGAGAUGCUGUUAACCUGAAGGCAACACGGGGAAUCCUGUACGAGAUUUUACGACAGUAUGAAGAGCUCUUGAACGACUCAACAAGCAAGUUUCAGUCGACGCUGGAAGAAAUACAAGAGCCUCGUCACUUGGUUGGGGGGGAGCCAAGGCAGAGGUUGUUGGAGGAUAAGAGUUUCCACAUCACCUGGCAAGUUUCUUCGAGCCUGGCCGCCCGCAUCCUGCGGAAAACAUUCAGACGGCCCACAUUUGUUCCAAACAACACAGAAGUGGCCCUCCAGAGGUGCUUCCUCAUCGACGGUCCUCAGGCACCAAGCUACCUUCUCCCUGAAACGGACUUCACCAACUCCUGGCUGAUGCAAGUUGAGGGAAGCCGGAUGGUGGUCGUCGAACCAUCGGCUCUCUGUGCGGGCCGAUGCAGUGCGGUGUCCAUUCUUGUGAAACCCAUGCAUGUUUUGUACUUCAACAGCCAAAUAUCAAAACUUCGAUCCAUACCUUCAAAAGCGACGGAUGCUCCAAGUAUCGCCUAUCUUGGUUCCUUCUACUAAAACUGCAACCAAGCAUCUUCACGAUCUGCCACAUCAGUGUGCUCUCAUACUUUCGAAAGUUUUUCUUUUAAUGAUUGUAAUAUCGGUCCUCAUUUGUGUGUGUUUCAAGUUUCAGAGCAAACUCCAUUUCCGCAAUCCACUUCCAAAUUUAAAAAAAAAAUGUUUUCAAGUAUGGAACAUUUUGUAAACAGGAUCAGAAAAAUUUGCUGGUUUUUGAACUGCAUGAAUUUGGAGAAUCGGCGCCCCAUUUCAGACAUUUGUCUGCGCAUAAUUGAUUGAAACAUUUCCCGUGGUUUAGAGACAGCUUGAACAGCAGUUUCAGUAAAAACUAGGAUACGCGAUUGUCACUUUUUGGUACGGUGCCAGUGAAAGGGGAGGCAAUAAUUUUUUUCCUGGAUCAUAACAGCCCCUAAAUUGCUUACUUUCUCUAAUUUUUAAUACCAAGUAAAAGAAGCUUAAUUAAGUGAAAGAAUUACAACUUUUAGAACCCAUCGUGCCCCAGAUUUAACUUGUUGAACAGUGCUCGGAGACCUUGAACCUAUACAAGAAUCUCUUGGACAUGAAUCUGACAAUCCAAAACACUCGUGUGUGUAGGGGGAGAGAGGGAGGCAGGCAAGGGGGGGAUAAUUUAUUACUUUGAUAGUCAAUAAACAUGAAGCAAAAAA